AUGUGGCUUGACUCCAUUCAACAAACAAAUCUGGCUUUGCUCAUUGAUAAAAUCCGGCAGAGAUUUAUGAUGUGAUUAGAUAUUGAAUUAUUUGUUGGAAGCAAACAAACCUGAGAAAGCCACCAAGAGUGUGAAUGGAAUAGACAUAUGUGUGGCUCACUUGAGUAAUGUUUUUUUAGUAUUUGUGUAUGAAACGUGAACGUGUGUGAGAUCUUUCAGCUCUGUUUGUUCCAACACUCAUCGACUCAGUCCCUUGUUGCACCGCAUCACAGAGGUCUUGUCUUACAGGUUUUCCUACACACACACACAUGUUUUGACAUAACAAAUGGGCGUGGAAAGCCUGGCUCUUAUGCGCUUCCAGUCAGACUGCUGUUCUGUGUGCUUCCAGGGAUGAGUCAGUGACAAGUUUUCUUUGCGGCAAAGGGUGCGUGCUUGCUCCGUUUGGUCUAGCCGUACACCCAUCUCUCUUUUAAACCCGUGUUACACACUCAGGAUGGCAGGGGAGUGUGUUCUUGAGAGUCCAGAUCUUGGAGAGAUGGGAGAGGAGGAAUUGUGGGACCUGAUAAACGACAACCGCCACCGGAUCUCCUUGGGGGUGCAGCCAGGCAUCUUGAUCCCGUACCUGAGGCAGGCCAGGGUGCUCACCGAGAUGGAUGAGGAUGAGAUCCUCUCCUGCCACAACUUCACCAACCGCAGCAUGAGAACCAGCCAUAUGCUGGAUCUGCUGAGGACCCAGGGGAGGAAUGGUGCUGUGGCCUUGGUGGAGAGCCUGAUGAUCCACUACCCCCCCUUGUACACCCAAGUCACAGGACGCAAACCCAGCACUGAGCCUUCAAGAUUUAGUGGCCUGAUAAAGUACUCAGAGCUGACAGAGUAUCUGGUCAGAGCAGUGACAGGGAUGCAGAAAGAGCUCCAGGAGGCACGUUGUGAAGCUAGCAGAAAGAGCGCAAGCUGUGCCUCGCUGGAGUUGGAGAUUAGGCAGAUAAUGGAGCUGGGGGAGAAGUCCAGAUGUCUUCAGUCUGAAAAUGAACGCAUGCGUAGACACUUGUGUUCUUUGCAACAUGACAUCACCAAGCUGAAGGAUGAGAAGUGUGACUUGUACAUGCGCUACACAGCAGCCAUCGAGGAGAAAUCAGCUGUGAACAUACGUCUCCAUGACCUCAACCUGCAGAUGUAUCAGCUGCAGACUGAGCUGCAGAAGGCACAAACGGAGAAUGAGUUCCAGAAGCGACGCUCGCUCAGGUGUGCCCCUGCUGAGACUCCGCAGCUGCAAGAGGAGGUCAGAAGUCUGCGCUGCCAGCUGGUGAAGGCGGAAAAACUGGACCCAGCUCGUCAGGACAUCCUGGCCCAGGACCUGGCUGAGGCCAUAGACAGCCAGGUGGAGCUUGCAGAGCAGCUCAGGUGUUACAGAGAGGAGAAUGAACAGCUGCUGAGAGAGAAACAAGUGCUCUUGGAUCAAAAGGAGUACCUGAGCCUCCAGGUGCAGCAGCUGACCCUGGACUGUAACAUGCACCAGCAGAAGAGCACUGUGGUCCAGAACCAGAUGAAAGAGCUGCAGGCAGAGAGAGACCAAGCGUACCUGUCCAGAGACGAGGCCCAGACCAUGAUCGCCCGCAUCUUGGCUGAGAAGGACACCCUGAGGUGUCAGCUGGUUGAGCUCCAAGAGCAAGUCUUCAGCGUGCAGGCCCAACGCAGCCCCAGAGAACAACAACGGCGGAGUUGUGAUGUGGAGACGGAGGAGGACUGGGAGAGCCCGAGAUCCAGCUUUGAAGAAUCCCCAAUAUCCCCACACAGAAUCCCCAAUAGACAAAGACUUUGCCGCAUGGAUGCAAUCAAUCCAUGUGCCUUCAAUUCAGAGUGUGAAGAUGCAAGUAGUGUCCGAUCCCGAAACGCGGAGCCCCCCAGUCGAGAGUCUCUCCGCCGAAGGGAGGAAGCUCUGUAUGCAGACAGCAGCUUGGAAGCAGUGGAGACUGAAUCUCUAUUGGACGACUUUGUGUUUAUCCCCAGUGUGGAGAGUGAAGACAAGCACAAGCCCAGGCUUUCCCCUUCUAAUGACUUCAGCAUGGAUGGCCUGUCAACAACCUCAGUCCCUCCAUUCCUGAUGCGUUGUCGUCAGAAAGCAAUUCGUGUCAACGGCCGUGUCCUCAGCAUUUCCCUCCAGGGGGAAGCACUGCUCGGACAGCUGGCAGUGGUGGGAGGCAAUAAGACCGGAGUGUUUGUGCACCAGGUGACAGAAGGCACAGCUGCCCAUACUGUCGGCAUCAGCCCCGGGGCACAGAUAGUGGAGGUGAAGUACGAGCAGAACCAGAAGGCUCUGAGAAUGGUGCUGGAAGAUUCCACUUUAGAGGAAGCUAUGUGGGCUCUUGGCCAGGUCACAGGCCUCUGUCACCUCUCCCUCCGGCCUAGGCAAGAUGACUAUGAGGCGCUGCUGCAGCAGCUGCAGAGCAGUGCGACAUCAUCCGGAGACUCCUUCUACGUACGUGUCAACUUGUCUCUCCCUGCUGGCCCUAACUGGACCCUGGCUGUGUCCUGCAACGACAUUCUUCAUGUAACCAACACGCGCCCUGCUGGCGCUGAGGACUCAUGGCACGCCAGCCAAGUUCACCCCUGUCAGCUGCUGGACCUCCAGAGUGGAAGGGUACCCAACUAUUACAGGGCACAGCGACUUCUGAUUAGAGCAAUUGAAGACAUGAGCUUUCAAACAAAGAAGUCUCAAAAGGCUGGGCGUUUGGUGGCCCGGAAGAAGCAGAAGGCAGUGAGGAUUGUCGGCACAGGGCGCCAGGGUAGGAACCCACUGUGGGUCAGUGUGGAGGAGGAAAACACCAAGAGCGCAGAAUCAGGGGAUACAUCUGCACCCAGAAGUUGUUUAACCCUCAUGCCCUACAGCCCGGUCACACCACACUUCCCACCCGUCUGCAGGCCUGUCCUGCUGCUGCCCACCAUCCUGGGACACAUCCUGAACAAGAAGAUGGCAGACUGGCAGGGCUUCCAGCUCUGUGAGUCUGAGGUGCUGAGCUCCAGCGAGCAUGCAGCCCAGCUGCAGAGGUCUGAGAUCCUGGAGGAGUGUGAGCAGGGAAGAAGCUGCUGCUACACCCUGCAGAGUGUCCAGAAAGUCAUGAAGAAGGGGAUUCACUGUGUGCUGCCGUUGGGGCUGGACUGUGUGCGUCGGCUGCACCGGGCCAAGAUCUUCCCUAUCAUCAUCUUCAUUGGCCAGUCUGCACGUAGUGCACGGAAGCUGAGGUCAAAGCUGCAGCGCCACAGCCAGUCGGAGGAGCAGCUGUUGGCGUGCUCGAGGAGCGAGGAGCCGCUGCUGGACAAGCUGCCCUGUCUGUAUCACAGCGUGGCUCAGGACUCCUGGUGUGACCAGACCUCCCUGCUGACCAACCUGCGCACCGUCAUCUGGGAGGAGCAGAAGAAGAUUGUCUGGGUGGAGCCUGACCUGUGGUAAAGCAGAGGAUAGAGCAGAGAGGAAAUGCAUCAAAUAUUAAAAUAAUAGGAACUGCUAAAGGGGCUUUUUUCAUAACAUGAUCUUGAGAAUAAAUUCAGCUUUACAAUUCAUAUUUUUGUAAACAUGAGUAUGUAUCUAUGAUACUGAUAAGUAACUGGGUGAUAGGACUCUUAGAAAGUACUGUAUAUUGUGCUUUUAAAGUGUAUGAAUCUGUAGCGUUAUUGACUGUAACCUGAUCAUGAAAACAUGUUCUUCUCUGUGUUGCCUCCCUUUUUGAGGCAUUUGUUUAAAGCAAACACUGGUGUGAGGUGUCCCCUAGAAACACAAGCAUUUAUACUGUAAUGACUUGUCUGUAUAUCUACACUUUGUUGUAGAUCAUUUCCCACUAUGAGGGAUUUUCCUUUAAAGCUCUGGAUUUGUCAUCUCUUGUGCUUGAUCAGAAUGCUUUUAUGUUUUGUAUUUAGUAUGAGACAGGAUUCAUUCUUAUGAGGAGGAAAAGAAGUUGUAUUGUAACACACUGGUCAACAAUUCAGUCGCCAUAUCUGUUCUUGCACAAUAGUUUGCACCAUCACAGAGUUUAACGCAACUGCAGGGCUUUUGAUUAUGGUCAGUUGAGAGUCUAGAGGUCUGUAUUGCAUGUGUCAGGUUCAUGACAGAGAUGUUACUGCAGUUAUUCUUUGUCCUCUCUUCUUGUCCUCGUUUUGUUCUUCAUGGAGCUGCCCAAAGUCAGCUUGAAGUCAGCUGUCAGCUUUUCAAAAACUAAUGACGUCCGUUUUGUUGGCAGAUUAUGUAACGGUUCGU